AUGCCGACCACGCAAUUCAGCGUCCAAGAAAAGUAUCGAUACCAAAAUGGUUUCGCCAGCUAUCAUGAAUCAGAAGCAGUGGAGGGUGCACUGCCCAUAGGCACGAAUUCGCCCCAGAAACCACCGUACGGACUCUACGCAGAGAAGCUGUCAGGCACAGCUUUUACCGCACCGAGGCACGAGAAUCAGCAAACUUGGUUAUACAGGAUACUGCCAGCAUCAGCACACUCGAACUUCGAACCACGAGAGCACGCGACAUUCAACACAAACCCGGAGACCCAGCCUGGCCAGAAGAUUCAUCAGAUCCCGAACCAACUCAGAUGGGAUCCCUUCGACCUCGAUGAGACGGUCGACUGGAUUCACGGUCUUCAUCUAGUCGCCGGUGCAGGUGACCCAAGCAUGAAAACUGGCGUCGGGAUCUACAUCUUCGCUGCUGGAAAAGACAUGGAUGCUCACGAAGCCUUCUACAGUGCGGAUGGUGACUUCUUGAUCGUCCCUCAGCAUGGAGUACUGGAUAUCAGAACCGAGCUUGGGAGGCUCCUUGUGCGGCCAAACGAGAUUUGUGUCAUCCCACGAGGAAUCAGAUACCGUGUGGAGCUUCCCGAAGGACCGGUCCGAGGUUAUAUCCUUGAACUGUACCAAGGACAUUUCACACUUCCAGAGCUUGGACCGAUCGGAUCGAACUGUCUGGCCAACGCGCGAGACUUUCAAGCACCCGUAGCCGAUUUCGACGAGGAUACCGAUUCGCAGUGGACGCUGACGACCAAGUUUGCGGGCCACCUGUUCGCGGCUAAGCAGACGCAUACGCCAUUCGAUGUUGUAGCCUGGCAUGGGCUAUAUUACCCAUACAAAUACGACCUGGGACGAUUCUCUACCAUUGGUUCCAUUAGCUUCGAUCAUCCCGAUCCGUCAAUAUUCACAGUCCUCACAGCGCAAAGCGAUCAUCCUGGAACAGCAGUAGCUGAUUUUGUCAUAUUCCCACCUCGGUGGUUGGUGCAAGAAGAUACCUUCAGACCACCUUGGUACCACCGCAACACGAUGAGUGAGUUCAUGGGAUUGAUUCACGGACAGUACGACGCAAAGACGGGAGGCGGGUUCCAACCAGCCGGAGCAUCACUCCAUAACGUCAUGUCAGCUCAUGGACCAGAUGCCAGUACUCACGAGAAGGCAUCCAACGCCGAUUUGAAGCCAAUAAAGGUAGGAGAAGGGUCGAUGGCAUUCAUGUUUGAGAGCUGUUACAUGGUGGGAGUGACUGAAUGGGGACUGAGGAAGUGUGCCAAAGUGCAGGAAGACUACAACGAGGAAAGCUGGACACCUCUCAAAGCACACUUCAAGCGGCCGCAGAAGGAGGUCGGACAGAUUGAGAAUGGGGGUGAAAGUAGCGAGGGGGCGAUUGGAGACACAAAACAGGUGCCGCAUUGGACUUAG